AUGACGAAGGACAACGUUGCUUCUUCCUUAUUUGGACUACGCUUUAGGCAUGCAUCAGAACGAGAAUCACAAACUGGUGGUGAAAAGAAAGAAUAUUCAGCUGGUACUGCACCAGAAGCAGUUGCUAGUGUUCCAGAAGAUGAAUUCGAGAAGGAGCUGAUGGGGUUAACCGGAGAAUUUCCAGGCCGGGAAAAGGGAUUGGAGCAAUUUAUUGAGAUAACCCCACCUCUCAAAAAACCAAUGGUUGCAGAUUCAGACAAUAUUAUAGGGCUGACUGCCACAAAGAAGCCAAAGCCACCUGAACUGCCGAUACUGCCUGGCAUGGUUGCCAUUGUGAAGAAUCCAAAUAACCCAAUCUAA